AUGGCGGCCCACGAUGCGCUGGUGCUCGGUAACCUUGACGAUGUUCACAUCUCUGUGAAUCGCCAGGCUCAGGCAGACACGCUCACAGUGGACGGCGCAGCAGCUCGCCUGCUCUCCGCACUUGCCACCUACACGAAGUUUGCCGCAGGCACAGACGUCGAUACAGAGAACAGUGGCGAAGCGGUGCAAGAAGCGGCCACCCUUUCUCUCAUGGCGCACAUGCAGCGAUUCUCACUGCUGUGCAAUGCAGCACGGACGCCAGAGACGAGCUGCACGAGCGCAGGUGAAGGCAACAUCCACAAAUGCUUGGAUGGCUGGGCAAAGUGGCUCCUGGGCUUCGAGUCACAGCCGAUUGUGCUCGCAAGCAAAGUAGCGCUUUGCCUGCCCCCGCUCCAGGCGUGUUGGCGAGGUGGCUCUGUUCUUGAUGGUGCCGGCAGCGCACACAUCGAUCGAAUCGAAGAGGCGAUCGGUAGUUUCUUCGCCCGCGCGGCGCGUAGAUGCGUGAAGGAGUGGGCGGCGCAUGGAACACCUCUCCGCACGUUGCUACCGCCGAUGGGGUUGCUGGCCACCUACGCGCGAUUCCGCUGGGCAUGGAGUCGCUUUACAGAACUCAGGCGCGUUGGCGGCAACGAGCAUCUUGGUGGGGCGGAGAGCAGUAUAGCGGUUGUAGGGUCCACCGAUGCGAUGCAGAGGCAAGCGGACAGAGAUAUCGAUUUUCUAGACAUCGCGGGUAAAGUGGAGUCCUGCCACACCGACAAGCUCACGCGCGAGGUGCUUCUGCAUUCGUUGAACGCCAUCGAUUGGCGAGCGGGGAACGCCGUACCGACUGUGAAGGGGGUCGCACCGCUCGUCUGGUGCCUGUUCUUGCGCUGCCGGAGCUAUGCUCUGCACAAUCACUCACAGAGCCACUCCUCCUCCUCUGAUUUUUUUGUCCACGAGGCGUCUGCGCGUCUGGUUGCACAGGUGUUGCGAUGCACGGUCGACGGCGUCCGUGUAUGCAUUGAGAGGCAGGCUGCUGACAUGCAUGUAGCUCGUGCGAGGCAGCUGUGUACCUGCGACAUUCCGUGUCUUGUGCUGCUGACGCGGCUUUGGUUUACGUGGAUCGCAUUAGCCACUGAUGCAGCAGCAGUGCUUCUACCACGCCUAGAGUGCUCGCUUCGGCAACUAGUCUCCUCGGCCGUGAAGCUGCGCGGUGGAGCGGAGACGAAAACUCCUCCAUCUAGUGUGGCGGCCGCACUAGAAGAAAACAGCGGUGAGGCGAGUCGGACAGAACAAGAGACGCUCUUUGUUGAAGUCGCAUGGAAGGUGACUCCAUUGUCUCUGUCGGAGAUCGUGUCCGCCACGGCAGCGGUGCCGUGGACUGGUGCGUUUGCCCGUGCCAGUGAAGUACAGGCGGUCCUUGAAAAGCGAACCAUUGUUGCGUCGGUCCCGUAA